AUGUGUUCGUCCAUGUCCCGUAGCAGUGCGACACCACCGCCAUCUCAUCACACGAGCAACCAGAUGCCGCCACUCCCGCUCAUCCGUUGCCCCGAAUGCAACGCCGGCUAUGUCCUGUGGUUUGUCUCCGGGACAGAACUAAACCCAGGGAGGCACUUCUACAAGUGCGAACGGCAUGGGCAUGGAGGGUGCAAGUUUUGGAAGUGGGAGAACAAGUACAUACAGUACUUAAGCCAGCGGUGGGGACAUCUGAUUUCGCACGCGUCGGUUCAUCGCCAUGUCGCGCUGCUCGAGCAGAACCAUGCAUUCCUGAAGAACAUAUUGAUGUUGUGCCUCGCGAAUUUGGUGGUCAUGGUCACUAUCUUCCUCCUCAAGUUCUGA